CACCCAAUCUCCCCGCUGACGGUGCUGACGGUGGCGUUGCUCCUCGUUGCUAUCGAGACAGGCAAGCCCCUUCUCCCACCCUCGACAGCAGCCAUGCCCUGGCAGGCGACAGGCGACACAUCUCGUAAACGCCACGGCCUCACUCCGUAGCUCCGUGUCUGGUACGUGCACAAAUAGGUGAAGCUACCCAAAUCGCCUUCGACCCCUCUAAUAGGGGGACCCUCACAAACAUCGAGUGUGCGCAUUAAUUGAUGACUAUUUUCACUUGGCCAAAAAGAGCAGUAGCGAAAAUGGGUAGCGGGCUCCGAGUCUCUCCGUCAGGAGGGAGGAAGAGGAUUGGUAUAUAUUUCACGACUGAUGCCAGUCAUCAUUCCAGGGUGUCCUGUUUGUCCACCUAUCCUCACUCGCUCGCCCCUCCUUACCCGUCCACCUCUCUCUUGUUCGCCCAUCAUGACGUUCCGACUCCUCCUCUCCACUGUGACCACCCUCUUCCUGCUUCUCCUUUCAACGUCUUCGACUGCUCAUGCUCAGCAAUUCCAGGGCGCGACUUACAACAACUCUAUGCCCAAUGUGCCAGGAGCUGAAGUUGCUUUCUGGAACAUCCUUGACACCAAGGGAGCCAACACGUCUUUGCUGACCUACAACAACCUUGGAACCAACAACAAGAGGCAAAGUACUUCAAAGGUACAGAAGGCAGUCAUCUUCAUCCACGGUCUGAACCAGGACCCGCAGACGUACAUGUCGAACAUGCUCAGCGCCCUCGCAGUCGCCAAGGGAACUAAUUCUGCCGUGAACAGUGAUACCAUCUCCAUCGUCUGUCCAAGCUUCUCGAAUGGAGACGGAAAGAACACCGCCUACCCUUGGACGAGCGGUCUGGCCGCUGGUGCAGGCUCCACCUCCUCGGCGCUGGUCUGGCAGGGAUCUCAAUGGGCAUCUGGCCAAGUAAACCAGUACCCUUACAAGCAGACUACUGUCUCUUCGUAUGCUGUUCUUGACCAGAUGCUGCAAUACUACGACAACGCAGCGCUGUUCCCCAACCUCAAGUCGAUUGUCGUCGCAGGACACUCCCUCGGUGGUCAGACCGUCACCCGCUACGCAGCGCUCGGCAAGAGUCUUGGACUACGCACACCAGUCCGCUACUGGAUGGGAAACCCCAACUCGUACUUGUGGUUUGACACAACGCGUCCUGUCUACCGUAACCCAGCAUCGGUCUGCUCCACAUACGACGCCUGGAGAGACGGUCUCGGUUCGGGUCUGCCCACUUACAAUUCGGCACUGACCGGCUCUGGCCGUGCAGCUAUCCUCGCCAACUGGCAGUCCAAGUCAAAGAUCUACGCCAAGGGUACUCAGGACCUGGGUGAUGACAGCUCCACUUGCAACCCUGGCACCGUCGGUCAAAAUCGAGACGAGCGCUUCUAUGCUGAGAUUGCCACUUACCCUCCCAACUCGGGCGACAACGUCGACUACAGUAACUGUGGUCACGACGCGUCCUGCAUGAUGCAAAGCUCUGGUGGACAAGCUCGUCUCUUCUUCGACAACUUCUCUGGUGACGGCUCGCGACAGCUGGACCUUGGUAACCGCAUGCAGGCCGGUGACUCCCCCAACCCAAGCAGCAGCAAUGCGGCAGUCCCCGCCAUCGUUGGAACAGGUGCUGGAGGCAUGACAUACCAGGGCUGCUACACAGAUGCUAGCGCUAGCUCCCAGCACUCGCUGAGCAACGUCGUGAGCGUUUCGGGCAGUCUCUCAGUUGAGUCUUGCACAGCUGCUUGUUCGUCUGCAGGCUACACCAUUGCCGGACUGCUCGGCGCAUCCCAGUGCCUUUGUGGCAACUCCCUGGCGUACGAUGCCCUCAAGGUGGUCGACAAUGCUUGCAGCACUGCUUGCCCCGGCAAUUCAGCCGAGUUUUGCGGAACUGGUGCGCGACUCGCUGUGUGGUCUGGCGGCACACCCACCCAGGCCGGGGCUUACGGCAACGUCAACACUUUGACCGGAUACUCCUACGCCUCCUGCUACGUCGACAAUGCCAACAACACUCGAGCUCUGAAUGCAAAGUCGACCUCCACUUCUUCGAUGACAGUCGAGUCCUGCGCUGCCUUCUGUUCCGGCUACCAGUACUUUGGUCUUGAGUACUCUUCGGAAUGCUACUGUGGCCAGACCCUCACAGCGGCUACUGGUACCGGAUGCACCAUGCUGUGUGCUGGAAACAAUACGGAGCUCUGCGGAGGUUCCAACGCCCUGAGUGUGUACAACAGCACAACCUUGAUCUCUUCCACGACUACCACGACUACCUCGACCACCUCGACCUCGACCACAACCACUUCGUCUGCCCCGACUUCUUCCGCUGCUUCAACGGCAACUUCGACCGCAACUUCGACCAGCACCACCACCACCAGCUCGGCCGCAGCAAGCGCUUCAAGCAACCCAGCUUACAAAGGCUGCUGGACCGACAGCAACUCGCGAACUCUGACGACACAGGCUUACUCCAACGCUCAGAACACCGUCGCCAACUGUCGCGCCGCUUGCAGCUCGCUUGGUUUCGCCAUCGCGGGUGUUGAGUACGGAGCUGAAUGCUGGUGUGGCUCGCAGAUGGCCGCUGCAGCAACGCUGGCUGCCGACAGCGAUUGCAACAUGCCUUGCUCGGGAGACAGCACCUCCACCUGUGGUGCCGGAAACCGUCUGGCCGUCUAUUCUGACCUGGCGACUCUACCAGUAGCCACAACACCCAAGGUGGUACAAAGCACCGGCUCCUACAACUUUGUGGGCUGCUGGAGCGACUCUGUCUCCGCCCGCACACUGCCUCAGUCCGCUAGUGGUGGUUCAGUGGAGACGUGUGCUACCUCUUGCGCUGGCUCACAGUACUUUGGUGUCGAAUACGGAGGUGAAUGCUACUGUGGCUCGACACUGGCUAGCGGAAGCAGUGUUCAGGCAACCGCUGAUUGUAACAUGGUGUGCAGCGGUGCAUCUGGAGAGCUCUGUGGUGGUCCCAACAGGCUCCAGCUCUACCAGCUGAGUGCUGGAAGCGCAAGCUCGUCCACUACCACGACCACCACGACCACGCCAACGUCUACGACGACCUCCAGCACCCCCACCAACACCCCCACCAGCACCCCCACCAGCACCGCCACGAGCACUACCACCAGCACCGACACCUCAACCCCCACUUCGACAACCACCACCAGCGCCACUUCGACCGCCACCUCGAGUCCCACUUCUACCACGUCUUCGACCCCAACCUCGAGCCCGACUUCUACCGCCACCUCGACUACCACCUCGACUACCACCUCCACUAGCACCACAACCAGCACUUCCACCACCACCUCAUCCUCAGCCGCCGCUUCUGCCACGUUGAGCUCCAACUACCAAUCCCUGGGAUGCUACGCAGACAGCAACUCUCGUACCCUGAACGCAGCAUCCACCACGAGCAAGUCGAACACUCCCGCUUCUUGCGCUGCUUACUGCUCCAACAAGGGCUACCGAUACUCUGGUACCGAGUACUCCAACGAGUGCUACUGCUCCAACUACAUUGUCAAUGCUGGCGCCACUUCGGGCAGUGGUCAAAGCGGUUGCACCAUGGCUUGCACUGGAGAUUCCAGCCAGUCGUGUGGUGGUCCCAACAGGCUGAAUGUUGUUCAGGACAACAACUGGCAGCAGUCCCUGUUCACAGUGCAGUCUAGGGGCAAGUGGCGCUACCAGGACUGUGUAACGGACACGGUCUCUCCUCGAACCCUCAACGUCACCCUCUCCGGUGGGUCGAGCAACACCGUCUCCUCGUGUCUAGCCAACUGUGAGGCCAAGAACCUGACAUACUGUGGUAUGGAGUACUCCGGAGAGUGCUACGGUGCUUUCACUCUGCCCUCUACUGUGACGUCUGCCGCUAGCGCUGGUUCCAACGACCCCAUUGCCCGAGGAUGCAACAUGCCUUGCAGCGGAAACUCGACUGUCGCUUGUGGUGGAUCGGCUCUCCUCACCCUCUACAACUUCGACUCGUCGCGAGACAGCACCGUCACCAUCUUGCAGACCAGCUAGAUGGCUGGCUUCAAGGACUCGAACCUCAAAAACUCCUACACCUGGGUUCUUUGCUCUAUCUUUAUCACCUCUCCUAUUCUUGUCGAAUGAUACUUUAGAUCGGCUUCGUACUAUGUCACUCGCGUAACGUCACCGGCCCUCCGCUCCCUGUAAUAUCACCUCAGAUCCGCUUGUAAUUGGCCCAUACUUAUGAUACAUCACCAUUGCCUGCACA